UCUGGACGGUGUGGCCGGGAAAGGGGCCUCCCCGGGUGCGGCCGCGCGGUUUAGCCCGAAGAGCUUGCCACACAAGUAGCGGGCGCCUGCUCUUUGGGUGAAGUCAUUUACACCAAAGAGGAGAAAAUAAAAAGCACCGGGCGUCCCAGCACUGGGUGACGGUCAGCGUACGCAUGUGCUUUAUGACAGAAUCGGAUUCUUAACAGUGCUUAAGUGGAACUAGGAACUGACAUUAACGUGACGUAUUUUCACGGAGCUAAAGUGCGGCACGCAGAUGUGAAAACAAAUCCAAGGAACUUAAAUGACUGGCUCAGGAUCACACGUCUGUCUAGCGGAUCAGUUUGACAACUUAGAGAAACACACGCAGUGGGGAAUCGAUAUUCUCGAGAAAUACAUCAAAUUCGUAAAGGAGAGAACAGAGAUCGAACUCAGCUAUGCAAAGCAACUCAGGAACCUUUCGAAGAAAUACCAGCCUAAGAGGAACUCGAAGGAGGAGGAAGAGUCCAGGUACACGGCGUGCAGGGCCUUCCUGUCCACCCUGAACGAGAUGAACGACUACGCCGGGCAGCAUGAGGUCAUCGCCGAGAACCUGGCCUCGCAGAUCGUCGCGGGCCUAGCGCGCUACGUCCAGGAGCUGAAGCAGGAGAGGAAAGCGUCCCUGCGCAGGACUCGCGUGGCCUCAUUGCCCAUCACUCUCCCACCACCGCUCUGUCCCCAGAGCAAGCGCCGGUUCGAGCGGGACUGCAAGGAGGCCGACCGGGCCCAGCAGCACUUCGAGAAGAUGGAUGCGGACAUCAACGUCACCAAAGCUGACGUUGAGAAGGCCCGACAACAAGCCCAAAUCCGGCACCAGAUGGCAGAGGACAGCAAAGCCGACUACUCGUCGACCCUCCAGAAGUUCAACCACGAGCAGCGGGACUAUUACCACACGCACAUCCCCAGCAUAUUCCAGAAAAUCCAGGAGAUGGAGGAGCGGCGGAUAGUGAGGCUCGGGGAGUCGGUGAGGGCCUACGCCGAGGUGGACCGGCAGGUGGUCCCCAUCAUCGGGAAGUGCUUGGACGGCAUCGUGAAGGCGGCCGAGGCCAUCGAUGAGAAAACCGACUCCCAGCUGGUUGUAGAAGCCUACAAGUCGGGGUUCGAGCCCCCCGGUGACAUCGACUUUGAGGAUUUCGCUCAGCCCAUGAAGCGCACAGUGUCAGACAACAGCCUCUCCAACCCCAGGGGCGAGGUCAAGGUGGAACUCAAGUUCGGCGGCAAGUCCAAGGGGAAGCUGUGGCCGUUCAUCAAGAGAAACAAGCUUGUGUCCCUUUUAACGUCCCCCCGUCAGCCUCCCCCUCCCCCUCCCGCCUCCGCCUCACCCUCUGCUGUUCCCAACGGCCCCCAGUCUCCCAAGCAGCAAAAGGAACCCCUCUCCCAUCGCUUCAACGAGUUCAUGACCUCCAAACCCAAAAUCCACUGCUUCAGGAGCCUAAAGCGUGGGGGCGGGGCGCCGGAGGAUUUCAGCAACCUGCCCCCGGAGCAGAGAAGAAAAAAGCUCCAACAGAAAGUCGAUGAAUUAAAUAAAGACAUUCAGAAGGAGACGGAUCAAAGAGAGGCCAUCACGAAAAUGAAGGACGUUUACCUGAAAAACCCUCAGAUGGGAGACCCCGCCAGUCUGGACCACAAGUUGAUGGAAGUCGGCCAAAACAUAGAAAAGCUGCGACUCGAGGCCCAGAAGUUUGAGGCCUGGCUGGCAGAGGUGGAGGGCAGGCUCCCGGCUCGCGGCGAGCAGUCCCGCAGGCAGAGCGGCCUGUACGACGCCCAGGCCACCCCGACGGUCAACAGCUGUGCGCAGGCCCGGGAGAGCCCGGAUGGCAGUUACACGGAGGAGCAGAGCCAGGAGAGUGAGGUGAGGGUGCUGGCCGCGGACUUCGACGACGAGUUUGAGGACGAGGAGCCGCUGCCCGCCAUCGGGACCUGCAGAGCUCUGUACACUUUCGACGGUCAGAACGAAGGGACCAUUUCGGUGACCGAAGGCGAAACGCUGUCCGUCAUAGAGGAAGACCGAGGCGACGGGUGGACCCGCAUCCGCCGGCGCGAGGACGAAGAGGGCUACGUCCCCACCUCCUACGUCGAAGUCUAUCUGGACAAAAAUGCCAAAGGUGCUAAGACUUACAUUUAAUACAGCUUUAAAAAAACAAACUCUUUAAAACCAGUUGGAGGUGCUUCUCCCCUCAGCCGUGACCACCACAGGCAGCGCCUCAGAGCCUGGCGGAGAGCACGCGGUGCCCUCCCCGUGGGCAGCGGGGCCCACCGAGGUUCCUGGUCUGGUUCUGACUGUUGUCGAGUUUUGCUUGCUGGUGACAGUUUGUGUGGAAAGCUGCCAGCCACCACCCUACCACUGUGUCAUUUGAAACCUGAUAAACACUUCUGGCAGCGCCUGUAGAUCACAACAAAA